GUGGGGGUCAUUUUAAUCUUGCAUAUGCUUCAAUCUAAGCACAAACCCCGUUUAGAUCCGAAUGCAAUCUUGAUCCAACUUUCCCCCCGACGAAUAACGAACCUACGACGACAAGCUUUCUCUCUCUUUCUCUCGUUCGCGUGUCGUCGGGAACCCGACGAACGCUUUUCGCCUAAAUCUUUACCAUUCGAGACAGAGAGUUGUCUUCAGGAUGUGUAGGAAAUGCAUCUUAUCGAAAGCACUCGAGCCGUCACGCGCUGGAUUACCCGUAUAAUUCCUGUCUUCCUCGUCGCAGCCGUCAGCUAUGCUACUUAUGCUGUGGUCGGUCGGGUCUGUUCCAGCUACCUUAUCGGCAAACGAGGCGAGGUCGGGACAGCUAUUGUCAUCCUAAUACUUUACUUCAUUCUCCUCUUAUUGAUGGUCGGCACAUACUUCAGGACUAUACUGACCGUUUUAAUCGAUCCGGGAGUCGUACCGUAUGGGCCGGGCGCAGUAGAACGAAAGAAGGCUGCUAGAGACAGGCGAAGAAGAAGGCGCCAGGAACCCGAUCUCGAGAGCUUACCUUACUAUGCCGGCCCCGAUAUGAACCCAGAUAGUCCGGGCUUAGAGGAAUUUUAUACAAAGGAUGUUUUCGUGUGCGAGAAUGAUGGUCGCCCGAAGUGGUGCUCGGAAUGUUCCACUUGGAAAGCAGAUCGAGUUCAUCAUAGCAGCGAAAUUGAUCGCUGUGUUUACCGCAUGGACCAUUACUGCCCCUGGGUUGGCGGCAUGAUAGGAGAGAACUCCUUCAAGUUUUUUGUCCAGUUUACUACGUAUACUGCUUGCUACUGCGGUCUCGUUCUAGGUGCCACAGCUUCAAGUCUUCGCAAAGAAAUCAGUGAAGGAUCUCCAUUGGACCCCCACUUCAUACCUACCAUAGUACUGGCUGCUUUCUUUGGUCUUUUUACUUUUCUAAUGUCCGUAACGUCGUUGCGCUACAUCUUUUACAACAUGACAAAUGUUGAUAUGAUCGGUUACCAGUCCAAGGUCUACCAAUUAGCCGUCCGCGUGCCCCGUGGUACCAUGCCCACGGAUAGGUUUACUAUAGUCACGUAUCCGCUUCCGAGAGGAGACGAGGACGCGAACGGCUGGUCGAACGGGGCCGCCCGGACAAGAGCCAAUGAGAGCGGAAGCUCGCCUGUGCAGAUUAGGCCGUCGGCCCGCGACGAAUUGGCAACUCGCACUUUCGCCAUCCUCAGGACGGAGCCGGGAGAAAAUCCCUGGGACAUUGGGAUAUGGGGCAAUUGGAAAAGCGUUAUGGGCACCAACAUCAUAGACUGGAUUUUACCGUUUCGAAGAUCGCCCUGCGCUAAUCAUGAGGGCCACGAGAGCUUCUACCCCCUGGGCCCUGUCCUGAGGGAUAUCCUAGUUAGGUACAACCUCGACGAGCUCGCGAUGAAGGAGGACCUGGGACUGGAGAUGAGGGAGAUCGCAAGAGGGAACAGGGCUUAAAAAAACAUGGGCGCAUAACAGAUACCCCCUUUUCUUUUUCUUUUUUUUCUUUGGGAAUUGGAGUUGGAAGGUCUUCGGCGGGUUCAAGCUCAUAGACUGCCUAACCUAACCUUACAUAGGUACCUAAGGUAGGUACCUUGGUGGGCGAGUGGUCGAGCAUUAUUUUGAUUGGGAAUUGCUUACCAGGAGGUGCGCUUAAUGAUAUUGUUAAUCGAGACAUCUGGGCACAGAUUAGAAUUAGGGAAUGGGUGUGUCUAUCUAGAUAAAGAAAGCGAUUUCGGCUCGUGUAUUAUAAACCGACAAGGCUGUCGAUUGUUAAUUGUUUAAAUAAAUAUGUAUCCGGUA